AUGGCCGAUGAAAAGCCGAAGGAAGGUGUCAAGACUGAAAACAACGACCACAUUAAUUUGAAGAUGGCAGGGCCAGAUGGUUCGGUGGUGCAAUUUAAGAUUAAGAGGCACACACCACGUAGUAUACUAAUGAAAGCCUAUUGUGAACGACAGGGUUUGUCAAUGAGGCAGAUCAGAUUCCGAUUUGAUGGGCAACCAAUCAAUGAAACAGACACACAUGCACAGUUGGAAAUGGAGGAUGAAGAUACAAUUGAUGUAUUCCAGCAGCAGACAGCAGGCCCUUACCGAAAAGAAUCCACAACUCUUCAGAAGUGUGCUCCCAAGGAAAACAAUACAUUCACAAUUAGAAAACCAAGAUUUGUUUCAUCCACAUCCUGA